AUGGCCAGUGCCAUGCUAGCUGCUGUGCCUCCAGUGUUUGGGUUGUACACCUCCUUCUACCCCAUCCUGAUAUAUGUGAUAUUUGGUACAUCCAGGCACAUUUCAGUGGGUGGCAUUCUUGCCAUCAUGGUGGGAACAGUGACAGGUGAUAUGGAGUUGCCAAGCAACCGGGGGAACAGGAGUGACAGCGACGUUGACAUGGCCAAAGUGGCAGUGGCUUCCCAUCUCACCAUAAUGUGUGGACUCAUACAGAUAGUGCUGUGUCUGUUGCAUUGCGGAGGGGUGAGUCGGUGGCUCUCUGGGCCACUAGUAGGGGGCUACACCGUGGCAGCUGCCAUCCAUGUGGCCAUAUACCAGAUACCUCUAAUGACUGGCAUCAACACAGAAAGACGCACAGGGGUCUUCGCCAUCUUCUGGAUGUUGGGAGAUGUUCUGUCUACAUUGGACAAGUCCUCGGCCGGAACGGUAUUUGUGUCUGCAGUUUCCAUGGUUAUCCUGGUCGGGGGAAAGGUGCUGAACUACUGCUUCAGGAACCGGCUCCCCAUACCGGUGCCCUGGGAAGUUGUACUGGUCGUUUUGGCCACUCUCUUGUCUUGGCAGCUUGAUCUGUCUGUGGACCACAGAGUUCCAGUGGUGGGCACAGUACCUACUGGUCUGUCUCCUCCCUCUCUCCCACCUCUGUCCUCCUUCUCUAAGGACCUGCUGGUCCCGGCGUUUGCGUUGGCAGUGGUCAGCUUUGGCUUCACGGCUUCUCUGGGAACUAUGUUUGCACUCAAGCACGGCUACACUAUAGACAGCAACCAGGAACUGCUGGCAAUGGGCUUGUGUAAUUCCAUAGGGGGCAUGUUCCAGUGCUUUGUGGUCAGCACGUCCAUGUCUCGCAGUAUGGUGCAAGAGGGCAUUGGGGGCAAGACUCAGAUGUCUUCUCUGAUUUCUGCCCUAUUGUUGUUGGUCUUCCUGCUGAAGGUUGGGGCCCUAUUUGAACAGCUGCCCAAGGCAGUCUUGGCUGUUGUAAUUCUGGUGAAUCUGCAGGGCAUAUUUAUUCAAGUCAGGGAGGUGCCUAAACUUUGGGCUACUGACCGCAUAGACCUGUGUGUAUGGGUGGUGACUGCUCUGUGUGCGUUGGCCUUUAACCUGGAUGUGGGUCUGGGUGUAGCGCUGAUGUUCAGUCUUGUUACAGUUGUCUUCAGAACACAGAACUGUCGAUUCUCCGUGCUUGGGGUCAUUCCAGGGACAGACUGCUAUAGAGACCUAAAACUGUUCUCAGAGGCAAGGCAGAUUCCUGGGGUUACAAUAUUCUCCUUCUGCAACCCUAUCUACUAUGCUAAUAGUGAUCCCUACUUCAGCUCCCUCAAACAGGUCAUCCAGAGGAGCCUUGAGGAGAACCCCUGUCCCAGUUCUGAGGGCCCCAGGGCGGGUUACCAGGCAACAGAGGGGCCCCGCCACUGUGUCAUCCUAGAGUUCAGUGGGGUCAACUUCAUGGACUCAGUGGCAGUCAGCAAACUUAGAACGAUGCUGAAGGAAAGUGAAGAGCAGGCCGUCCCUGUGCUACUAGCAGCCUGUCCAGAUGGCCUCCUCUCCCAGCUCCAGAGUCAGGGUCUCGUGUCCACGUGUGUUUCCCGCUCCCCUCUCUUCCCCUCCGUCCACCACGCUGUGCAACACUGCCAACACACUCUACUGCUCCCACCGGUGACGGCCAGUCAGUUCUAAUGGUGGCCCUGUCCCUCACAUGACCUUUGAUGGUGACGUAAAGUGAAAGCCCAACUGGGAAACUCCAACUCCCAUUGUCAUUGUGACACAGCACUCCACAGCACACAAGUGCACGUUCCACAGUCCACACAUGGUCACCCGUUCGCCAUGCACUUGCCACUUCCUAUGCCACAUUUCUGUUCUUGCUCUGUAGCCAACAUGUUUAGUGGAACAGACUGUGGAUCAGUCUGUUUGUCUGUUUUAUCUGUCUGCGUCGCUUUCUUUUUCUAUUUGCAUCUGAUUCUGAGCCUGUCUGAGAAGCCAUCUGGAUUUUGGCUUUUGAUUUUAUCCCUCACAGAUGUGACUACAUGGACAAUGUAAUGGGUGUGUAAUGUUUGAGUGAUUGUGUAGUGUGAGCAUGCCUGCAUGUGUGCCUGCCUGCGUGCCUGCGUGUUAUGUCACCAUUACAUUUUGUUUUUACUCUGUCUUUUUA